GGCAAACUGAACCGUGGGCACCUGCUGCAGCAGAGUGGAGCGUGAGGAAGAUGGCUGCAAGACUGAUGCAUUUGCGUGACUGGCGAGAAUAUUCGCUCAGCAUUUACAGAAUGAAUUUUCGUUCAGCGUUUACUGCCAGCGAACAUUCGAAAAAUUUGCGGACACUCCGUUAACCUGUCCCAGUAUGCGCUGACAUAAUUGUUUGAAACCAUUUUAGUUGCGACAACGGACAUUGAAGCUCACAUCGCUAGGUGUUUAUUUUUGCAUUUAGGGUCUUGAGGCAACCGGGAACGCUAGGAAUCUCGCCAAAAUUACGACGGGAAUUAAAUACUGCUUCCUGUCUCCCAGCAACGGGAGCGACCACCGACUGCCCAUGAUGUCCCAUGCCAAGGAGCGACUUAAAGGCGGAAAGGAGACCAAGGACAGCGUCACUCUGCUGCCGUGCUUUUAUUUUGUAGAGCUCCCUAUCCUGGCCUCCUCUGUUAUUAGUCUUUACUUCUUGGAGCUGACAGACAUUUUCCAACCAGUGCAUUCUGGGUACAGUUGUAAUGAUCGCAGUCUAUCUCUUCCCUACAUUCCACUCAGACAGGAAGUCUGCCAACUGCCUCUGCUUUUCAGUUUGGCCUUUGCUGCUCCCACUGUUACUAUUCUAAUAGGAGAGGCCAUUCUUUAUUGCUAUUUGUCUAAGAAGUCAUCAACUACACGUACUGAGGCCAACAUCAAUGCAGCAGGCUGUAACUUCAAUUCCUACAUUCGCAGAGCUGUACGGUUCAUAGGUGUCCAUAUCUUUGGCCUAUGUGUGACAGCACUGAUAACUGACAUUCUUCAACUAUCUACUGGUCAGCACACCCCUUACUGGCUCGAUGUGUGCAAACCUAACCUGACCCACAUUAACAUCUCCACCUGCGAAGAAGCUUUUAUUCUGGAGGAUAUCUGUUCUGGACAGGACAUUGAAGUCAUAAUUGCUGGGAGAAAGUCUUUCCCAUCACAGCAUGCAACUCUGGCUGCCUUUGCUGCAGUCUACAUCUCAAUGUAUUUCAACACAGUGCUGACAGAUUCGGCAAAGCUGCUGAAGCCUCUCCUGGUGUUCUCCUUUGUCAUGCUGGCUAUUCUGGCUGGGUUAACCAGGAUUAUCCAGUUCAGAAACCACCCUGUUGAUGUCUACUGCGGAUGGUUAUUGGGAGCAGCCAUCGCUGUUUACCUGGGUGUGUAUGCCGUGGGGAAUUUCCAACCUAGUGAAGAUCAGUCAAGAAGUCGACCAUCUCCUCCCAUCUCGAGAGAGGCCCCCCUCUCCUCUUUACCCAAUGUCAGCCAAACAGCAGUCAGCAAUAGCCACCAAGGCCACCACACUCUAGCUCCAAGCCAACCAGAUCCAAUUAUCACAAGGACAUCCUCCCACACCUUAUCCCCUGCUCAAUCAAGACCCAUCCUAACCCGAAGCGCCUCCUACCGAGAGCCUUCUCUGGCCAAUGUAAAGAGAACGAGUGCUGAGGUAGAAGUCCUGGCUCCACCUAGUCCUCUAGGUGACAACAUGAUAACCUUUAGUAGCAGUACACUGCCAAGGUCCCACGGAGGCUCCUCGUUGGAGGAGGGUCGUGUUCCACGGCGUCACGCUUCAAUCCACGCUUCCAUGGAUUCAAAUCGAUCCAAACAGCUGCUCAGCCAGUGGAAGAAUAGGAAUGACAGUAGGAAGCUCUCCCUGCAGAUGAUAGAUGGAAUAAGACCAGCGUCUUCCUCAUCUCCACAGAGGAACAUGGAGCUACAGUGCUCUUUAGAGCCUUCUGCCAUGGGGCUGGAGGCAGAGCCGUAUGGUGGAAUCCACCUGCCCUCACUCACUGGCCAAGAGGCAGACCUACGUGCUGGGGCCCACAUCCCUGUUCAGUACAUGAAGCUAGCUGCUAGCUCUGUGCCUUUGGUCAGUCAUAAUAACAUGGCUCAUAAUGGUAACACUGGAAUGCCUGGAGGAGGGGUGAGAGUAUCUAUACAAUCCCGGCCUGGUUCCUCUCAGUUGGUUCACAUACCUGAAGAGGAAAACCCCAUCACCAAGGAUCAGGAGAGUGAGUCAGAGGACAGCAUUAUGGAUGGGGGCAACUCAGUCAGGGAAAAGUGGCUAAGAGUGGCAGAGAAGACUACCAUUCCUUGCAGGCCACUCAGUGCUGGAGGGCAGCCUCGUCUUAUGCAGGUGAUAGCCUUAUCAAAACAGCAGGGUCUGCUUCACUCUCCACGGUCAGAGGAUGGUGGUAGCACUGUCAGUUGCACAGGAUCAAUUAGGUAUCGAGCCCUAACAGAUCAGGACCCAUCACCACCUGCUUCCACCACUGGAGCAACAGGAGGAGGUGGAGGACUGGAACGAACUGGCAGCAUUGUUCGAGUUGAAGCUCAUCCAGAGUCCAGAUCCAACAAACCUGUGGUAAAACCUCCCAGCACUGAUGGAAGUGGGUCCUGGAGGUGGAAAACGCAGGAACAACGAGCAUCGCUCCAACAGUCAGCUUUCAACUUCAAUGACCUAAACAGACACACCGGCAGUUGUAGUUCACUAAGAAAUGGAGGUUCGAUGGAUGGACGGAGGAGUGUAAUAGGGACUGAAGCUGAAAGUGAAAGAGAAGGACAUGAAAGAGGAGGAAUAGUAGGUGGAGGUGUAUAUACAAACCACCCACAUGUUGUACACCCUGUACAUCCCUUGCACCCCAAUAAUUCCAGUCACUUACAAAACCCCAAUAUUGCAAGCCUUAACAGUGCUAACCCUAACUGUAACUAUACCCCCAACUCUAUUAACUCCCCUAUGCCCUUUACCCCAACUACCACUUUUGCUCCACCAUUCCACCCUCACCCUCAUGCUCUUACCACCAUCAGGGUCACACCUGUAGAAGGAACAGCAGCCAGCAGUGAUGGCGGCUCAGACUGCCAGUCUGUGGCCUCAUCAAGCCGAGAGUCCACCUUGAGGAGGAAGAGUGGGUCCAACAUCAAUUAUGUCCCUGAUCGAGGGCCCACACCCGAGCUUCAUAGCAAUCACUGCCAGAGCGACAAUGGUAACAGCAGCCGUUUCCAAGAAAACCUCAGAAGUUUUCAAGAAAACAUAGUCCUACCCAAUCAACCCAACCACCCCAACAGGCAGUUGCAAGGGUUAUUUGGCCGUCCAAGCCCAACCCCACCCCCAACCUUACCCCGUCCGAUCCUGACUCACACUCCACCUCCUACUAUUGGAUUGGCAUAUAAAGAGUGACAGGUUUAAUGUUGAGUCCAUCUAUUUUAACACAUGGUUAAAUUGCUCUAGCCAAAGUAAAAACUUAAAGACAACAUUGAGUAUUUAAAAAUCAGGCCUAAAAAAUGGGGAAAUUUGUUCCCCAUCUCGGGUCUCCCAAUUGGUAAUGGCAAAAAACACCUUUGUCCCAUUCACAACCUGUCAUGUGGCCGGUAGAGUAUACGGUGGGGUUAUUUAUUCUCCUCAUUAUCUACUCACACUGUAAAUGUGUAACCCUUAUCAAAAUUUAUUAUAAAUGGCUAAUGUCUAGCAAAAUGUUACUUUGGGAUGCCAACCAUUAAACGUACAAACAAAGUAAAAGAAACAUUUUUUGUAAAUCUAACAAAUUGAGUAAGUGCACUUGCUCCUAAAAGUCAAAGAUAUUGAACACAGCUGAACUUUUAACAUGCUUGAGCAUACUCAGUCUGGUCUAUAGGUCAGAAAAGAGGAUGGCUUUAGGAUAAUGAAUGUUCUCUGUCAUGUUGGGAAUUAGGUCAGCUAUGAAAGGGAUUCACUUUUUAUCACAAACACUUUUCACUUUACACAAUAUUUCAACAUAUAUUCUGUUUUUUCACAUUGCAAGCACAGUACCAUAUUGUUAUGUUAAUCUAAUCUAAGGUUAUGUAAUGUAAUCUAAGGUUAAUACAUGCUAUCGAAUGAAAACAGCAUUUAAAGCCCUGUGUUUGUUCACAAGAGUGGGUGACCAACGUGGACAGUUGAUUUGUCUGGGCUACAACAAGUUCUUUAUGGGCAAUAACAAUAUCCUUUUUAUGCUGGUGUAGUUUUUAUGUUGGCUAAGAUGGCAUGGGAUGGGGUAGAACAUGUCUGCUGUGUUUUAAUAAUGUGCAGUGAUGGAGUUUUCCUUACCAUACACAGCAGGCAUUUUAACGUUGAAUCAUAUUGGGGUUGAAUGACCAUUGGAUUAUGUGUUGAUCAACGUUGUUGGGCCAAUGUUGAUUCAACGUUGAUCAAAAUUUUUAAUGUUACAUCAUUUUCACAACAAUAACUGACAUUAUUUCAACGUUACUUUAAAAGUGUUUUGUUAACCUUUUUACAGCCAUUCGCAUUCAAUGUUGUUUCAAUGUUGCAUCAACGUCACAACAAAAACUGACAUUAUUUCAACCAUAUUUUAACAUUGAAGGUCGGUUGAAGGUCGGUUGUGUGCCUGCUGGGUACUGUAUACUCACAUUUGCAGGAACUGAAACAAACUGAAUAAGUUCUGACCAUAUUCACAAGUGUCACUUUCGUUAAAAGUAUAAGAAAGUUUGAAUUACAUAAAAUACAAUACAAUUUCAAAUAAUCUUUUAUUUAAGACACUAGCAAGUAAUUUUACAUAGAGGCAUAACAAAAUAAUUAUUACUUUACCGAAAAGGCUCCAUUAUCAUAAAUAUGCAACUGAAAAGGAAGUUACAAUAAGAAACAACAAAAAUGAGAAUGUAACAAAAAAGUCAUAAUAUUAGAAAAAUGUAAAAUUGCGUAAAACAUACUGAUAUUGUUGGAACCAUGCAUGAUUACAUAAAAAUUAAACAAACUGUUUAUAUAAUGAAAGAUGUUUAUCUUUUGCUUUCAUUUUUGUUCAGCUGAAUUGAUAUACAUUAUAAAAUAUUCUCUCUAUAUAUUUUAAUGUAACCUUAUCAGUUACUAGAUACACAUUGCUGUGCUAAUUCUCUUACCUAAGUAGUUACAUUAUUUCUUUAACACAAGCAUUGUCAGGUAAAAGGUCAUUUAUUACAUUUAAUAUUAAGCAGACAGUUCAAGAACAAACCAAGAACAAACAUAUAUAUAUAUAUGAAUCACAUAACAUUUAUGAAAGCACAAUUACAGUUGGACGAUGCAGUUGAGUACUGAAUUCAGUUGAGUACUGUAUAUAGUAAAGUUGUUGAGAUAUUUUUAAAAGUGAAAAUAAUAGGUCAGUUUAAAGGACUGUAUAUUCAUUUACUAUAGUAUUUAUUAAAAGGAGUAUUUCAAUUAAAAAUACAUGUGGUUGAAUCUUGAAAUGUUCAAAAUUGCUUUUGGGGAUCAAUUUCCACAACAAGUGGAAAUUGAUCCAUUGUUGUGAUGGUUAUUUUCAUGCACAAAAAUAUCAUCUAUCAUAUCUUAUCAAUAUCAUAUCAUUUAUCCAACACACAAACUAUCAAAUGAACUAUAGACAAGUGGAUGUAUGUAUUUGUAUUUUUUUUGUAAAUACUUAAACCUUAUAUACAGCUGAACCCAUCAUGUAACAAGGAUUUUUGUUUUUUUUUUUUUUGUUUUUAGAUUAAUAUAAGCAAGCCUACAUUUCUACAUGUUAUGUACUCCUUACAUUUUUGUAAAUAUUUAUAUUUUGUGCUGUAACAAGACUGUAGAAAUUACAGUUUGCUAUAACAAUAUACUUGCUGUCCCCUCAAAAUAACUUCUAAUAUGAAUAUUAGCCUCAUUAAUGUCUAAACUGAUGGUCAAAAAAAUGAAAAUGUCUGUUCUUACAUACAAAUAUAACUAAGUAAUUAACUAAGGCCUCCUUAACUCUUAGCCCUUAAAAUCUUUUUAAGGGCUAAGAUAUAAUAACCUUUUACUAUAGUUAUUAUAAUGACACUUCUCUAUAAUGCACAGUCUGCCCAGACCUGUGCACAUAUCGUGAGCAACCAAAAUAUUUAUAGUCUUGGCAGGAUGGCAGCGUGCCUGUUCAUUACUGUCCCUGAACAAAAGCCUAUUUUCUAGUAGCAUAGUUUUUAAAUUAGGUGAUAAUCUUUGAUGUAAUCCUUAUAUUGCUAGAAAAAUAUGCAAUAUUGGUUCAUUUUUAGGCUCCAUUUAUGCAGUUAAAAGUUGGAACCAAACAGCAUAUGGCUUUAUGCUUUA